AUGCUAAGCGUUGUCAACAGGUCGUCCACCGCGUCCGACAGUCUAGCGCCCCCUCCGUCUCCAUAUCCACAGGUCGAUCCUUCGCCUACCGAUUCGAACGGUACAGAGAACACUGAUAUCGAAGAUGACAUCCAAGAGCAAGUCGAAGAUACUCUGUGCGGUGCUGCGGUGCAAUCAAGCCGGCCCCAGAGUCGCGAGAACGUACGCAUCUUCAAUCCAAGAUAUCAUUGCACAACGACUUAUCAACUCAAGGCAGCUNNCGUCAAGCUAGACACCACUGUCGCUUCUCGGUCGAGAUCCGGUUCGGAUGAGGCACCUUCAUCUGUCAUACAUGUGCCGCUCGGCUUCAGAGAGCUUGACAUAUCGAGCCGCUUGAGCUCAGAGAGCAGCAUAUAUAUGUCCAACAAUGAUACCAAUCAUGACAGCGCUUCUCCAAGUACACCAGAUGCAGCCCUGGGUCCAGAAGACACGCGUCUAUCGUCUGUCACUUCGCCUUUGAACACAAACAUACCCCUCGAUAAAGGAAUCGAUAGACCUACUCCACGAGCUCAGACACGGCAAGAAGCGGAAGACGAAUGGAAGAGGCGAUCUAGGCGGACAUCCAGUCUCGAGGGUUCGUCGAUCUUCGAGCUUCUCUAUGUGGAGGCGGUGCUGACAAGAAAAGAUAUCCCAGAGACGAUAGCUGUAAUCGACAAGGCCGGCGAUCACUCGCGAUCGGAUCCAGCAGACGAAACACCCGAGCUGCGCGAGCUCGGGCAGAGUCGCGAUCCGAUGCCCAUCAGGAACAAGCAUGGCGCAGCUGCUGGUAUCUUUGCAAGCAACUUUACGAAUCAUACAACAACCGGUCUCAUACACAGCAAAUUCUGGAAACAUGUCGAGGAUUCUGUCAAGCUCUGUUCGACGUUCGUCUGCGAGGCGACGAGUCUGUAG